UAAAGCAAGUUACUCUUAUAUUUAGAAUCAUUUUGUCAUUGGUUUUAUCUUCAAGUAAUAUUAAGUAUAUUCAAGGUAUAAAAAAAUACCAUUCUAGAUGAUAAUAGAUUAUAGGCAACACAUAUUACUUCAUUAAAAAUCAAUAUAAUAAGUCUAUAGAGAUCAAAGAUACUAUAUCUAUGAUAAAGAUAUGAGAUGACAUGAAACAGAAUAUCGAAUAGGAUUCAGACAGGCUUUACAGUUAUUCAUCUAUUACAUGAAUAUAAUUUGAGGUCCGAGUCAGGGCCGAUCCCAGGCAUGUUUAGGGGUUUUUAGGUCGUAAAUUUUAUUUCGACAAUGUAUUUCUCCAUACUUGUCGGACUUUUUCAACAACGAAUAGUGUUCCUCGUUAUCUACAGUUUGAAAAGAUUUUCUAGAAUGUUUUUUGUCUGUCAUCCUACACACGACAUAGAAAAGUUAACAAAAAGUAAAAAACUUGUCUUAUCUGGAAACACCCAUUAUGACCAAAAUGGAUUUCAUUUUACAUUUCAGUUGAUGACUUUGCACGACUUUUAUUGAUUAUAAUACUCAUUUUUGUGAACAAAAAUAAUCAUAAUUGGUUCCUUCAGAACUUUCAGAUCCGCUAAGCCACACAACCCUUGGAGUCGGGCCGGCUCUGGUAAAAACUAAAAUCUAUCAAUUCAGCCUGCAUGAGGGUAGAUAGUUUUGCGCAAGAUUAUUUAUUGGCGCCAGACUAUCCGACUCCUUUCCAUUAUAUUUAUUUUUGUGGAACUAUUCGAUUUUGUGAAAGCUUCUUUUAUUCUGAAAUUUUCAAAUGAUGCAAUUGCUGUUUCUACUUUUUUAUAUUAGUAACUUUUUAAAUCCAAUCAAUUGCAAUAGUGAUAGGAGAACAACAAUUGAUGGUGAGUACAUGGAAUAUAAGUAGAUAGUCAAUUUACUACUGCGAGAAAUAAUUUGAAAAUAAAUGAAACGAAAACAUCGUAUGAAUAUAAAUCUAACAAUAGAUUCAAAAGAGCAAAUUAUGAAAACUACACCGAAAAAGUAGUACAAAUGGGAGACGAGGCCCAUUUUCCAUGUUAUAUUGAAAAAGAAAACACAACAGUAUUAUGGGUUAAAGUGGAUAAGAAUACGAACAAUGAGCUCAAUAUUACAGUGAAUUAUACGACAGUCCAUUUGGAUAAACGCUUCAAACAAAUGAAACAAAAUGGAUCAAAGAAUUGGCAGCUUUCAAUAAAAUUUACACAAAAAACUGAUGAGGGACUCUACCUUUGCAAAUCAACAUCGAAUCCUGUUACCAAAAUGUAUUAUGAACUCAUAUUGAUUGAAGCUAUUGCUCGUAUACUGGACACAGAUGAAAAAGAGACCGGAAUAAUAAGAGUAAAAUUGUUUUCACCAUUACGAUUGAGCUGUGUUCUGUAUAAUUCUAUAAGUCCACCAUUAUAUAUAUUUUGGUAUCACUACGACACCAUGAUAAAUUAUGAUUUAGAAGAUAACGCAUCUGUACGUCAUGGACGUCAAGGGAGCGAACUCAUAUUUCCAAAAACAGAAGCAAGACACCAAGGAAACUAUUCAUGUGUUCCAUCGAAUGCUAGACAAGCUAGUAUUGUAGUCGACGUACAUGGUGAAAUUAAGAAAGCAACAUCAAUAGGAAGAAAAAUCUCAGUCUUUAGAGAAAUGAUUCUAUCAAUAUAUAUUUAUAAUUUGUUCAAUUUUCUCUAUUAGUAGUAACACUGAUCUUGAUUCAGAGAAGGAAGAUUAUGCUUAUCAAGUUACUAUAAUAAGGUGGCAACUUAUUAAAUGAGGUUGCUCAGUGUCCAAUUGUGCCAAUAUAAACAAAAGUAAUGUACAGGUUUAUAGAAAUUAACCAGAUCACCAUUUUACUAUAAGAAAUAUAUGCAGUUCAUUCGAAAUGGGACCGAUAUUUUCUUAAAAUAAAGGAUAUGUACAUA